AUGCGAAGGCGGCAGUCGAACAAAGGCCAAUCGCCCCCUCAGCAGCAUCAACAGCAGCAGCAGCAGCAGCAGCAGCAGCAGUACGGGAAGGAAGAGCAGCACCAACAGCAACAACACCCCCAGCAACAGCAGCAACAACCCCAGCAACAGCAGCAGCAGCAGCAGCAGCAGCAGCAACCCCAGCAGCAGCCUUAUUGCUGCGAUGAGAAUUCUUUUGUGGGAGUUGCAGAUGACAAAGGCUGUGGGGUGUCUUCGUCUUCUUUGCCUUUAGAAAAAGAAAAAAGACAAAAGAAAAACAAGAAGAAGGCGAGGCAGCAGCAACGAGCAGCAGCAGCAGCAGCAGCAGCUGCAGCAGGGGACAGUACUGAGUGCUGCAGCCUCUCGGAAACUCCUCUGGGCGUGCAUGCAACCCCUGCUGCCGCAGACAAUCUCCAGCUGCUGCCCAGCAGCAGCAUCAGCAGCAGCAGCAAGGGCAGCAGCAACGCAGCACGACGAGAUCGCCGCAGGGGCAGGUCUAAGGGGGUGCAGCAGCAGAGCAGCAGCAACGGCAUCGCUUCUGAGCAGCAGCUAAACAGCUUUGUUGCUGCUGCUGGAGGAGCAGCAGCAGGAGAGGCAGCAGAAGUAGACAAACAAGGAAUUCCUGCUGCAGCAAACAAUGCAGCAGCAGCAACAGCAGCAGCAGCAGCAGUGAAGAAGAUUCAAAAUGCAGUUACUGAUCUCCUCAAGGUAGGAGACAGCCGUGGGGUGUACAUACACCCCAACACCCCACAGUAUGCCUUUUAG